CAUUUAGGUCAAUCCAGGGUGGACACCACCCCUGCUUCUUCUUUGGGAGAGCACAAGUCCAAGGUCACUGACCCAAGUCAAACUUUUGCUUCAGGGAACGAAGGGCAUUUAGGGCAAUCCAGGGUCAAUUUGGACCGACCAAGAGGAUUGGAAGAGGAUCCUUAUCCACAGGCACAUACUCCUUCAAAUUAUCAGAACAAAGUCACUGAUCCAACUAAUGCAGGUGGUGAAGAUGUAGGAAUUACGCCAAUUCGUCAGUCCCUUGAUAAGUUGAAUAUCCAUGCUGGAACUGAGCAGAGCAGCUACACAGACAAGGCAAUCUCUGCAAAAAAUGUUGUUGCUUCCAUGCUGGGAUAUGGGGGGAACAAUGAUCAACAUGGAGAUAUUAAACCUCAGGCUUGUACUGCUUCAAGUAAUGCAGGUGGUGGUGGUGAUGAACAAAAACCACACCAAAAUCUGAGCACUGGAAGCCAUGACCAGUUUUCUGCUGAGAGACCAUCAAACCAGAGCAGCACCUAUACUGAGAAAGUUUCAUCUGCCACAUCUGCUAUAGCCAACAAGGCAAUAUCUGCUAAGAACGUCGUCGCUUCCACACUCGGGUAUGGAGGGAACAAUGAUGAUGAUGAUGAUCAGGAGGUUACAGCAAAGCCUGGUGGAUCAACGUCGCCUGAGCAGCAUGAUAAAGGAGUUUCAGAAAGCAAAGCCGGCCAAGAAAAAGGAGUUUCUGUGAAGGACUAUUUUGCUGAGAAGUUGAAGCCUGGCGAGGAGGACAGGGCUCUUUCUGAGGUGAUAUCAGAAUCUCUGCAUAAGCGCAAGGCAGAGGACUCUGCUCGGCCUGUGGGGAAGGUGACCGAGUCGGAGGAGGUGACGAGGCGCUUGGGUCCAGAUUGUGGAAUUGAGAGGGUUGAGCAAUCUAGCUAUGGGAAGAUUGUUUCUGAUACGGUUAAAGGCGCUGUUGGUUCAUUGUUUGGGAAAGCUGAUGAAAACCCUUCUUCUCAGCAGUCCACUGGUUCUGCAACAGGUGGUACAGAUGGUUUACCUAGUUCUGGAAGUGGGGCAGCAGAGCACCCAAGUCUUCAGGGGUCGGGCAAAUGAAUGGAAGUUUGUGUUGGUGAAUAAAUUAAUCCGAGACUAGAGAGAUGGGAUUAUUUGAAGUUUGUUUUUGUAUGGGGUGUUAUAAUGGUGUUUGACAAUGACAACCGACAAGGAUUGUGUGUUGUUGAUUGUCAAUUCCAACGUUUCAAAAAUGUUUGCCGUGUGUAUAAUAUGUAUGAUGAAAACAGGGGAUAAUCUGUUUCAGUUUCAACGUAGAAUUAUUCUUGCA